AUGCUUUUUAAUAAAUUUUUUAAACAUGAUAGAUUUUAUAUUGCAUUAAAUAAAAUUACUACACGUAAUUAUAAAACAAGUAAAAAAGUAAAUAUUGGAAAACUGAUAGCUAAAAAUAAAAUAAAAAAUCAUGAAAAGCAUAGUAUAGAAGAUAUAGAGUUAUUAUUACAUGAGAAGAAUCAUGAUGUUUUACAAAGUUAUCCAACUAUAAAAAAUGUUCAUAAAAUAAUCGACGUUAAUUAUCUUCCUGUUUUCAAAAAAAAUGAAAACCAGUUUAAUAUUUUGAAUAAAAUAGUUCUUCACUUUGGAGAUCUGUCAUAUUUAAAAGGUGAUGCGGUGGUCAAUGGAACAAAUAAAGUUUUUGAAUUAAUGAAAGAAGGAAAUGGUUAUGACUGUUCAGGUAAUUUUUUAAAAACUUGUGGCGAAGAAUUAUUUAACGAUAUGAAAAAUACAAAAGAGGAGAAUAAAGGAAAAAGUAUUAUAUUAACAAAAGGAUAUAAUAGUUCAUAUAAAAAUAUUAUACAUGUUGUUGAACCAUAUUAUAAUCAAACCGAAAAGUUAAAAAAUUGUUAUGAAAAUGUAUUACUAAUAGCAAAAGAAAAUAAUUUUAAAAAUAUUGUAUUUCCUUUACUGGGUAGUGGUAUUAGUUUAUUUAAGAAACAUGAUGUUGUCAUUUCAUGUUUAGAAGGAAUUUAUCAAUUCAUGAAAAUAAAAGAUAAUUUUAAUGCUAUUGAUAAAAUAAUAUUAUGCACCAUUACUGAUUCUUAUUGGAUGCUCUUAAGAGACUCCAUAUAUCUUUAUUUAGAUAUAAAUAUAUAG